UCUCUCGCUAAAUGGAACUCGAGGAAAAACCUAUACCUUUCCGUCAACAAUCUCGGGACAGAAAAUCCAGCGAAAUGAAAGCCGUGGGUGAUGAUCCAGUGGAUGACCGAGGGAAGGCUGGGAGAGAUAAAAAGGCUUCAAAUAACUCGAGCGAAGUUGUUGAUAUCGACGGCAGUUCUGUAACAAGUAAGUAACUCGCCACAAUCGGAUCAAUCGAGUUUCUUAUUCUGGAUAAUGAAUUUUUUUUCUAAUAGAAGGCAAUAAAAUAUCCACAAGUAAGUGGAUAUUGUACUUGGAAAAUGCAAGUGAAUUAUAUGAAGUUUUUCACAACAAGGGAACGAUUAAAAACGCUUCACCAGAGAUAGCAAAGCUAAUCAUUUCAAUUUCCAUGAAAGUUCAGUCACCUUAACCUUGAUGCGAAGAUGAAAGUAUAUACAAUGUACUUCUACUCUUCGUGAAUGUAUCGUCCUGAGAUAAAAAGCUGAGAAUUCUGAGAAAAACACCAAAUACCACAUUCAUAAGUAUCUCUUAGUGUUUCCUUAUUUAUCUUGAAGGAAAUAUUGGAACUGAUAUAAAAGCCACGCUUCAUUGUAGUCAGCGAAAGUAAUCAUUUCAGUUUUCACGAACGUUCAGUCAUUUUAAUCAAACUGAAGCAUAGAUGAAAAUGUGAACUAUGUAUUUUCACUUUUCGUGAAUAAAUUUUCCUGGGAUAAGAACUUGAGAAUUUUGCGUAGACCACUAAUACCACAUUCAUAAGUGUUUCUUAGUGUUUCCUAUCUAAUCUUAAAUGGUAUAUUGGAGCAAGUGGGUGACGCUUUUCAUAUGCUUAUUGGCAAGCUCGGAAGUGAAUGCCGUGCACUAUGUAUGGACUCGGCGACAAACUCGGUCAGUUCUAAGUUGAGUGAAGCAACGCUUUCAGCCAAAUGCAAAACGUCUGUGUUUUGCACUUGCUUUGAAAACACAGUAGCACUAGAAAUAUUGAAUUGGAGUGCGCCGAUUGAAUAAACAUGAUCUAUUUUCUCGCUCUUUCAGUAACGGCUGGCAAAGUCACAGAUAUCAAUUUAGCAAAAAGUUGUAAUAUUAUUGUCCUUCGAGUUACGAAAAUAAAUGUAAAUAAAGAUUGAUAUAGACUCAGGCUACUGAUGCAAUUUCAGUUUUUUAAAAUUGUUAUUAUUAUUUUCAUGGAUACUAUUAUUAUGAUCCUUCUCGUUAUUGUUGUCAUUAUUUUUGUGAUUGAUGUUUAUCUUUUAAGCCGUUUCUGUCAGAAAUUUUCUUGAGUUUCCUUAGAGGUUACUGGAACUACAUUUAUUUUAUGCACUGAGUUCUUUUUGAUUCAGAGCAUUUUAUCAUACCGAAAAUCUUACUGAAGUUCUAACAGAUAGCCGAAACAGGUCUAUUUUUCAGACGAAAUCAACGGCACCAGACUCUAAAUAAAUGGGACAAAAAAAGAAAAAAAAGCAGAUGUGGUCUUUGCAAGAAUUUGCAUUUGAAUAGAACCUUUUCCCAGCAAACAGAGGGACAAAGCAUGCUAACCUACUGGUUAAUUAAUUAAUUCAUUCAUCAUUAGAUUAAUCAUUUGAUAAAUAGUUAGAUCGAUAAUUAAAAAGAUAGGGUAAUUCUUUUGUAAAUAUGUUGUAACUUCGUAUUUUCUUUUUCCUUCAAAAACAAAGUUAUUGAAAACCGCCCAUUUACAACGUUUUACACUCAAGAAACUCCCCAAGGAAAAGCUGAAACUCCAGAAAGUGAAAAGUGGGGUGAUUUUGCACAAAACACAAGCCUUCAUGGUUUCCGAAACAUGUUUUUUCGGGCAUCUCUUCAUGUGCGAAUACUGUGGCUUAUCUUACUACUGGCCUCAACUGGUUUGAUCUUGUAUUUCAUGUAUAGAAGCAUUAACAAGUAUUUUCAAUACCCCAUUGCCACGGUCAUGAGGAUCCAAUACCCAGAUACAAUGGUUUUUCCUGCAGUUACUUUGUGCCCCAUGACAAAGUUCACGAAAAACAAAAUUUUCAUGACAGACGAUGACGUAAUGUUUCAAUCAUUGGGGCUAGACUUACCCGUUUGUAAUGCAACAGCGCAUGUCAGAAAGGGAAGGCCAUGUGGAGAAGCCCUACUAUGCUGUUGCGCAUCUUACUUCCAAGACGUUUCUGUGGCUCUCAGUAACUGCACCGAAGAAUACAAGAAAGAACUUCUUGAUGUUAUAAUGAAAGACAAGAAAUCUUUCAAUGACAAGAAAUUCCAGGAAGCCUACGGUCCAAACCUGCAGAGAAAUCUAGCAUGCCGUUUCGGCUUACUGGAUUACAGGUGUUCUGGGAAGGAUUUUUUACCUACUGUGACAGAGCUGGGGCUCUGCUUCACUUUCAACUCAGGGCGGAAUGACAAGGAAAUAAAGAAAGUGUCUCGUAGUGACUCAGCACGGGAGCUACAUUUAGAAUUAGAUCUUCACUUGGAUGACCACUUGGCUGGGUUUUUCUCUGAGGGGAUCUUCGUCAUUAUCCAUGAUCAGGGGGUAUAUAUAAACUCUGCAGAUACUGUUCUUGUAGCCCCCGGGAGUUAUGUUCGCAUCAACGUCAAACGAAAAGUGGUAAGUUCAUGUGCUAGUAAAAUGCAGACAUUAAAGGAGAGGUAUCGUUGAUGAAGUAGUGUUGAGUGCUCUCCCAUCUAACCAUGGCAGCCCGCGCCUAAUUCCCGAUUCUGGCCUUGUGCAUGGGUUUUAAUAUUCUCGACCUUGCUUCGGAGGUUUUCUCCGGGCCCUUAGUCCCAGUUUUCCUCCCUCUACAGAAACCACAGCAAAAAUUUUACUUGAUGCUCGAUAGUAUUAAUGACUAGGCAUAUAAUUGGUCUGCUUUUGUUCGUUCUGCGACCGCUUCGAGACGGGUGGCCGCGAUCAAUCAAAAGUGAAGGGUGGUCACUUUUCACGAAAUCUACUUGCGUAGAACAGCUAUAAGCAGUAGCACUUUUAAAAGAUAGAGGACUCCAUUGUUUCGUACUCUGCUUGUUUACAUAAUUUUGUUCCAACUAUUUGUUCGCUUGUUUUCGCUUCAAAGUAUCGCAACAAGAAAAGUCCAUAUGAGACAAAAUGCACCGAGACAAAAAAUCUUGCUGGUUUCCUAAAGUACGACUCUGACGGAUGUUAUUACGAAUGCUUGUCAAACACAACAGGGAAGAAAUGUGGCUGUAGGUUACCUUCUCUCGUUGACUCAGGUAAAUAAAUAAAAUGAUCCAGCUCAGGAUUUUCCCUCAUUCUUCUCUUUUUUCUCGCACUUUUCUUUUUCUGUCGUAAGCCUUCUAAUAUCAAGGGAUCGGGUAAUCAGAUUUAAUCCUCAACUCUUUUAAUCCUCAAAAAUAACAGGUAACUUUCAAUCCUCCUCGGUUUUUGCUUUAUUUCAAUGUUUUGGAAAUAUCUUAACACCGAGGCGCAUUUCUUUAUUUUUAUAGCAAAUGCGCAAUAUAAUUAUUAAAUAUUAUUAUUGUUAUUAUUAUUAUUAUGAUGAUGAAUGACCUGUCAAGUUAUUUACAAAUAUGAAAGAAACAAACAGACCAAGACUAAAGCAACUUAUCAUAUCUACCCCUCCCCCCUUCCCAUCUGUUCUCGCGCCAUAUAGGGGGGGGAUGAUUUUUCAUUCUAACUGAGAGAGGAGUAAUAACUUUUGAUCCGCCUUAGCGCCUUUCUGAUUGUUGGUUUUUCGAUCGUCAAUAUUCGGGUGGUAUAUUGUAGUUGUUCCUAUCAACGUUCGUUGAUAACAUUCGUCAUUCGUGUCCCUGCAACGCCGAUAUUUAAUGAAACAGAAGUGUCAUCAUGAUUAGAUAGGCCUUUCUUUUCAUUUAAUAGUGCAAUUAAUUUUUUUCCAAGAUCGCAUGAGCGAGAGGAUCUGCUUCAGGGAUGACUUUCCAUGUGUCUUUAAGGUGUAUGAAGGUAAUAAUAAUAUACAUGUCUUUCCUUCCUCCUUCCUUCGUUUGCACAUUUUUGGGCUCCUUCUUGGUGUAGAAGACACAGGACACGUCACAAUAGAAAACCGCCUCAUUAACCUAUCAUUAUCAUUGUUUCACUUGUUUCUUUGCCGAUUUGUUCAUAUUGUUUUACGUCAACUAUGUCUUCUACACCGAGUAAGAGCCCGUCUUGGUCAGUUUCUAGUAUCUGUCAGUGGUGUUGCCUGUCUACCUACAUUUUUUUAACAAUCAAAGACUAUCGUUACAGCUUUGUAAUGAUAGAAAUAUACUGAAUCGAAACCUUGCGAUCACAAAUCGAGAAAAAUCAGCCGAUUUAAGGCAGCAGAAAACUCAGCCAUGAGUAUUCUACAGUUUACAUGCUGCAUAAUGCAAAGCGUAAUAGUUUUGAGAUGAAAUUGUCAGAAACUACCAAUCAGAGCCGAUAUUCUGUAUAACAGAUAUGACGUAACUGGAACUGAUUUCUUUAUCCUAUGCUCUAUAUGCAAAAGACUUGGUCAGCGGUAACCAGUGUGAAUGCCCCCUCGCUUGUGAAGUGGUCAAAUACGAGACAAAAACAUCUGCUGCAGCCUUCCCAAGCCCACUGCUGAUCAAACACUGGAAAAUGCAGGGAGUUAAUAAGACUGAUGACUACCUCAGGUACGUCGAUUGUAAACUGCUGAAGAGGACGCGACAAUAGCCGAUAGCAGUUAACAAUGCAAAAAGCUAAUACUUUCAUGAUCUCAUCCCUUGGACACGGGCGGAAGGGGAGGGAACUCGUGAUAUUGUUGUGAGAUAUUGAGGGAUGCGUAACUUUUGGUUUAUAAUUAUAUUUUAAUCAAGACACUACAUAACAAUUAAAAUUGAUUCCUGUAUAGCACCUUGGGAUCUAAAUCUUCUCCUGUUUGUUGGAUUUGCAGGUGGCAUGUUCUCCCAUCAUAAAAAAGAUUCCAUACAUGAUUUCAUUUUAUUAUAUCUUACAGAAAAAUACAUAAAACUUUUCAUCAAUUCUUGCAAGAGCCCUCGUCAUAAAAUAAGCGACAGAGAGGAAAAAAAAUCAGAGAGGAAUUCUCCACUCGACCUCCUGGUUAGGGCCUACUCUCGGCUCUAAUCUCUAAUAAUGUUGAUGGUGACAACAAUUAUUUCAUUGAUCUAUGUGAAUAUUCAUCUUUGCAGAAAGAAUCUGAUAAUGCUUCAAGUUGGCUACACCUCCUUAAGUUAUGAACAGUAUAAGCAAACAUCUCAGUACGACAGUACUGCACUCAUGGGUAUGUUAAAUGAUUACAGAUCUUUUACCGAUGUUUUAUAAAAAAAAAAAAAAAAAUAAGAUAAAAUAAAUGAGGCUCGCUCACUCUACUUUACUUCGUCUUCCUUGGUGUGGUUCGCUUGAAGUUCUGAGAGAUUAUGCAGUGUCUAAUUGGUCAACCGCACCUUACAGCUGUUUCACCAUCCCAUACUCCAACGUACAAGCUAGGGUGAUGUUGGCCGACGUUUUUCUUAGACCGGCCAAUUGCUAUUUUUGUCUCUAAGUUUUCAAGAAUACUACGCUUUAGCGCUUAUGCAUUCCUGAUUUAAGAGCUCGACUAUCAUUUUCAAAAUUAAUUACUAUUACUAAGAUUUAAUUGCUAAUAACCGCUUCACACACACACACACACUUUUAUUUUUUAUUUUCUUACAUAUUUACAAGAUAUUCCUUUGACCCGCAGAUAGUAAAUGCUAAUCGAGGCGGCUCAAAAUUUAUUUAUUUAUUUAUUUUUUCUUUAAUGACUUAAUUUAAUUACACUGGAAAUAAAACAGAAAUGAAUAAAAAUAACAUAUAAGGAAAAAAGAUACACAAGAAAAAAAAAAAGGAAAAUGACAGACGUUCAUUGUAAGGGAGAAAAGGACCUAGAGUUUCUAGGUGUACCACAAAUUAAUGUUUGUGAUAGGGCCUCACCUCCCUUGUUUGAUACACACUCUUGCUCACUGGCUGAUAUAGAGUCUACGACCUGAUUUUCAGUUGUUUGCAAUGGUACUAUGACUAAGUGGAGUCCAAUUCGGUCUGUAGUCAUACCAGUGAUGACAAAAUCGGACGACCGCGCAAUGGGAGUCCGACUUGUUUAUCACGAGUACGAUUAUAGACCGAAUUGGACGACACGAAGUCCUAUUACUAAUUAAUCAUAAAAACUACUUUUUCCCAGAAAAGAAGAAUAGCCAAGUUAUGAAAGAAAGGGACAAUUUGCAUUAAAAGACGGACAAAGGAGGCCUAAAUUACUUAAUGUUAUUGUGCAAUUGUGAUUGGUUGAUUUCAACUACAACUUUGAAUGUGAUUGGUUUAUUUAACUGUCCGAUAACGAACUGUCCGAUAAAAACUUGGUUAGUGAAUUAGUGGAAAAUAGGAGUUUUUUUAAACCAAUCACAAUCGAGGAAAUCGAUUUUUUAUGAUUACAGAAGAAAUCGGUUAACGAUGUGUUUACUGUACGGUUUUGUUUCCUAUAGGAGAAAUUGGUGGUACCCUUGGAUUAUUUCUUGGCUGCAGUGUUCUAACUGUCAUUGAAUUUAUUGACUUCGCCAUCUACUUGUGCUACAUUCGAAAGAAGAAGACCUCCUGAUAUCCAAGCUGUACUCUGUUAAUUAAGCACUUAACUGAUGUUCGAAGGUGAACCCCAAAGGUUAUCUACCGAAUGAGUCACCAUCCGUUUAGUUUUGUAAUACUACAAGCUGUAGUAUUUCAAUUUGAUAAGCCUCGUUUGAUAAAGUGAACUUAUUAAAAUGAAAAAGCUUCCAUAGGUCGCUCACUUUUUUAGAGCACGUGCAGAAACUUUCACCGUUGACAAAACUUUAUUCAAGGAAGGACUUUCCAAGAUGGUUGAUGCAUGCAGACUUCUGUGGGAGGAUAGAACUGACCGAGAGAUUUCAAACAGUCUAUAAUCUCUUGAUGUGACACACAUCCCUAAAAAAAGAAACAAACAAACAAAUCGUAACAAAAAGCGUCAAAGUUUUUCCUCCCUUACUCAAAUUUAAAUUCACAUUUUAUCGGCUUAAUUGAC